AUGCUUGAAAAAGUGAAGUUGCUUAAGCAGAGAUUCUCCGAACUUUGUGUUUUGGGCCUUCAUACCGGGAGUUCUGCUAGCUUCGCUGCUGAUCGAGAUCAUGUUAUUGACUUGAUAAUGAAAGAAUACAUCACCUUCCCCAUUCUGUUGUCAAACAAGAACUUCACAGAGAUGGAAAAUGGAGCCUGCUACAUUAUGUUCAGAGACUCUGAGAAUCCUCUAGUUCAGCAUGAGAAGGAUCUGGAUAUUGGAACACUUUAUGCAGUGGUAGAGGAGAUGCAAGUACUACAAAAACAAAAUCGUGGUGAUGGAAACUCCAGUAUGGCUUAUUUGAAAAGCACUUGGACAAAACUAGCUGAUGCUGUGAAGGAACCAUACAUUGUUUCACCUAUUCAGAACUUGCUUCUCUAUUUCCCAGGCUGUAUAUCUGCAGAUAUAAGUGGCAGUCGGCUAUUCUUUUCUGACACCAAUCAUCACCGUAUCAUCAUUUCUGAUGGUAAUGGAAGUAUUCUUGACUGUAUUGGUUCUUCUCCAGGUUUUGAGGAUGGAGACUUUGAGUGUGCCAAGCUAUUGCACCCUGGAGCAUCCUUUUACGAUGACACUGAGGAUUGUCUGUAUUUCGUAGACUCAGAGAACCAUGCAGUCAGGAGAGCUGACUUGGAGAGACGGGUUCUAGAGACGUUAUAUCCUUCUUCUAGUGCUACUGUAGAAAAUGAAAGUCUAUGGACAAAGAUCUCAAGUAAACUGGGCUUUGGAAUUGCUGCUGUUGAAGCUAAAUCCGAAGAGUUUGAUCCCCAGUCUUUACUGUUUCCUUGGCAUCUAUUGAAGUCAGAAGAGGAGGAUCACUGCUUAAUCAUUAACCGGAGCUUUGAGACACUAUGGGUAAUGGAUUUGACCACUGGAGAGAUAAAAUAUGUUAUCAAAGGAUUCCAAAAGAUUCGAGAUACCUGUGGAAAUUUGAUCACAGAUAAAUUAUCUCUCUUGAAGGAAAUGCCAACUUUCAACGGCCACGUGUUUGAUUGUGAUACAACUGCACAGAAGGUGGUGAAAAUGAAUAGAGAAACUAGGGCCUGCUCCAUGUUUCAGUUGGUGAAUUACAGGAUCCUUGGACUACCCUACUGGUGCUCCUUCCCACUAGAGAGGGUAUAUUCCCUUUCUCCAACUCAUGAGUUGUGGACUGAUCAUCUUCAACACUUCAACCAAUUGCCAGGCAGGACAGACGUAGAUAUAAAGGUCGACAUUCCAAUAGAUACUGAACUGGUUGAACCAUUGCAUGAGGGAUGUAUCUGGCGUCAGGCAAGAGGAGCUGCUACUGAAGUCUCAGGAACAAACGCUGAACUGGAAUCUUCGGAAAAGUUGGUGUUGCCCAGAAGUGACACUGAGAAUUUUGAGGACGACAAAGUUCGGAUUCAUUGUGCAGUUAAUACGAGCCCUGACUUGAGUGAGGUGAUCAUAUAUGCACCACUGUAUCUGAGACUCAGAAAAGAUGCGAAUGUAGAUGAAGAAGAUAAUCAGGAUAAACAUGCAGCGAGGAUAGCUGAUAUCCUAAAAUGGGGUAGUCAAGGCUUAACCACAAGAGAUUCAUGCAUUCAGCUCUUGUCAAGAUCAGGAAAGGAUUUGAGAGACCUCGUCUUUGUGAAACCACUGCAUGUCAGAAUAAGAAUAGAAUGCCCUAAUCACCCUAAGGCACCCGAUAACACGAAAGAUAUCAUAUUGACCAAUUCCACUGUUGAUGUCCAUGUCUCACUUUGA